AUGUCCAAGUCCAGGGAUAAUUCAAGUUCAAUCACUCCUCCUUUGGAAAACGGGAACCUGGUGCUAUACGACACCGAGCCCGAUGCUACAGAAGAGGCGCUGAGCACUUUUGUCAACCUGAAGAACAAUGUCUAUUGCGAUAGCAUCAAGGACGUUUAUUCAGCAGCUGACGAGUUUAUGACUUGUGACUGUACCGAGGACAUUGGCUCUGACGGUGAGAAUCACGCGUGUGGCCCGGACUCUGACUGUAUCAACAGACUGACAAAUAUCGAAUGUGUUGAUGGACAGUGCCAAACCUGCGGAGACGAUUGUCAGAACCAACGUUUUCAAAAGAACGAGAUCGCUCCAGUCUCGAUCUUCAAAACUCAGCAUAAAGGGUUCGGUAUGAGAGCCGACAAAGAUAUUCCAGCACAAACAUUCAUUGUGGAGUAUAAGGGAGAGAUCGUCGAUAACGAGCUGUACAAAGAGAACAAAGAGAAAUACUCCAACGAGGGCAUCAAACACUUCUACUUCAUGAUGAUCCAGGAUAACGAGAUCAUCGACGCCACUAAGAAGGCCAGUAUUGGGCGGUUUUGCAACCACUCGUGCGAUCCAAACGCAUUUGUGGAGAAAUGGGUGGUGAAUAAACGGUUCCGUAUGGGCAUCUUUGCCAAACGCAAAAUUCUCAAAGGCGAAGAGAUCACUUUUGAUUACAACGUCGACAGAUACGGUGCCGAGCCACAGAAAUGCUACUGCGGUGCGGCAAACUGUUUGGGUGUUAUGGGUGGUAAGACCCAGUCCGAGAGUGCCAGACUGUUGCCUCAUACAAUCUCCGAAGCCCUGGGAGUCCGCGCAAAUGUUGAGAAAAAAUGGAUCAAGGACCAAAAGAAGAAUGGAAUUAAGGUUACCCAGGACAAUAUCGACUCGAACGUGAAUGCGGAGUUUGUCAAGUCUUUGAUCUUGGAUCCUUUGACUUUGGGCGACGUCUCGAAAGUGGUGAGUUGUUUGUUGCAACCGGAUCUUGAUUUCAUAGUCAUUUCGCGUGUCAUCGAGAGAUUCACGCUGUGUGAAAAUUACGACGAGAUUGUGGAACGGUUUUGUCGUUUACAUGGAAUGCAAGCUCUGAGCACUGCAAUCAAGACUGUUUUGAAACCAACGGGCUCCAAACUAUCGAUCAAAGAAGAAGAGCUGUUCAGCUACAUAAUCAACAUCCUCCUGCACUGGCCUACUCUGCGUGCCAGGAACUCCAUUGCAAACUGCAAGAUCGACGAGCUCUUACUUGAAGUGCGAGGCAAGAGCAACAACCAGGAGACCAAGACCCAAAUCGACCAGUUAUUGAAUGGCUGGAAAGAUCUGGAGCUUGUUUACCGGAUCCCCAAGAAGAGCGAUCUUGGUGAUGCUGCCAACACCUCGACCAACCUGGACGACAGAAGAACACGAUCCACUUCUGCUCCGGCUGCAGAAACUCCGGAGCCGGUCAACACCAAGAUCGAUGGUGUUGCUCUACCACCAGGCUGGGAGUGGGCAGAGGACCCGUCCACCAAGGCGAUUUACUACUAUAACAGGACGAAAAACAUCACUCAGUGGGAGAAGCCAAAGCAGAUCGCCAUGCCAAGCAAAGUCACGGACGAGGAGGAGAGAAAACGGAGACGCGAGAAGGAAAGACAGAAAGAAGAGGCCAAGCUCAAGAGGCUGGAGAGAGAACGGCAAAUGGCUCGACAGAAGGAGCUUGAAACCGAGGAAAAACGGAUGAGCAUGUUGUCUUCGAUCAUUGCAGAGGCCUCGCUCGAAAGACCUGCCUCGCCUGUGGUCAAGAAAGAGACGGAUCACGUGAGCUCUGUGGAGAAGCAGUGGACCAAGCUGUUUGCUGCUGCUGUGCCCAACAUGAUGAAGAAAUACCAGUCUGAGAUUGGCCGUGACGGGCUCAAGACGUGUGCUCGAGACGUGGUGCACACGCUUGCACAGAAGGAGUUCAAGAGACACGCCGACGAGACUCCUCCAGACGAGCUAAGCGAGGAGAAAAAGGCCAAGGUCAAGCAUUUCGUGAAGGAGUACAUGGCCAAAUAUCUGUCGAAACUGGAAGAGAAGCGCAAGCGCAAGGCCUCCCAGUCGUCGUCCGAGUCCAAGCGCGCUAAAGUCUAA